AUGAGGCAAUUGUCGAUAGCUUUGCUGAUUUGCUUGCUCGGAGCUGGAUCGUCGGUUUUCGGUAGUCCGGUUGAGGAACACCGGAAUGGGCGUGUGGUUGGCGGAGAACUGGCUACCGUAGGCCAGUUUCCAUACGCCGUAGGUCUGGUGACCCACGGAUCGUCGAUACUAUUCAACGGUCGCUGUGCUGCUUCGUUGAUCUCGGCAAACUAUAUCCUCACCGCGGCGAGCUGUGUACAGAGUGCCACCUCCGCCUUUGCCUACAUCGGUGGGUUGCGAAUGGAUGACGCAUCGGAACCGGGCCGCGAGAGGCUCCUGGUGGAACGGUUCGUGCUGCACUCGAGCUUUGUCGAUGGUGGGGAGAAUUUCGAUGUAGCCCUGGCCCGGCUGCCGCGCAGUGUUACCUUCAGCGACCGCAUUCGACCGAUUCGGCUACCGAACAAGCGGCAGGUGCAGGCCACCUUCGCCGGGCAGCUUGGUACGGUGUUCGGUUGGGGCCGGUUUGGAUCGGGCAUAAGUAACUCGGCGGAACUGCGGUUCGCUAGGGCACCGGUACUGACCAACCUGGCGUGCCGUCUCAACCUGCCCACCAACACCAUCUCCGAUGCGCAUAUGUGCACCGAUGGGGCGCUGGGUGGACCCUGCCCCGGCGAUAAUGGAGCACCGUUGACCAUCGUCGAUGCCGAUGGUGUCACCACCCAGAUUGGUGUGUUUUCGUUCAACUCGAUCCUGGGAUGUGAGUCCGAUCGGGCAGCCGUAUACACGCGCAUGUCUUCCUAUCUUGAUUGGAUUGGACAGAACUCGGACGUCGUGAUCCGUGAAGACUUCUAA